AUGCCGCCAGCAGAACUCCGCGCCGAGGUCCAGGAGGCCAUGCCUGCUCUUCAUCUGCCUGUGCGCUGCGGGACCUGCGUGGGAAAUGAUCUGAACAGCAGCGCCGCGUCACCCAGUUCCCCCUUCCCGGCAGCUGAGCGAGAAAAGCUCCGCCCCCAUCGGGUUUUCGACGCUGGGGAAGUGUUUGGGAUCAUGCAAGUGGAGGAAGUAGAAGAGGAGGAGGACGAGGCCGCCAGGGAGGUGCGGAAGAAGCAGCCCAACCCGGGGAGCGAGCUGUGCUACAAGGUCAUCGUGACCAGGGAGAGCGGGCUCCAGGCAGCCAACCCCAACAGCAUCUUCCUCAUCGACCACGCCUGGACGUGCCGUGUGGAGCAUGCACGCCAGCAGCUGCAGCAGGUGCCCGGGCUGCUGCACCGCAUGGCCAACCUGAUGGGCAUUGAGUUCCACGGUGAGCUGCCCAGUGCGGAGGCUGUGGCCCUGGUACUGGAGGAGAUGUGGAAGUUCAACCAGACCUACCAGCUGGCCCAUGGGACAGCCGAGGAGAAGAUGCCGGUGUGGUAUAUCAUGGACGAGUUCGGUUCGCGCAUCCAGCACGCAGACGUGCCCAGUUUCGCCACGGCACCCUUCUUCUACAUGCCCCAGCAGCUGGCCUACACGCUGCUGUGGCCCCUGAGGGACCUGGACACUGGCGAGGAGGUGACCCGAGACUUUGCCUACGGAGAGACAGACCCCCUGAUCCGGAAGUGCAUGCUGCUGCCCUGGGCCCCCACCGACAUGCUGGACCUCAGCUCCUGCACGCCUGAGCCACCCGCCGAGCACUACCAGGCCAUUCUGGAGGAAAACAAGGAGAAGCUGCCACUUGACAUCAACCCCGUAGUGCACCCCCACGACCACAUCUUCAAGGUCUACACGGACGUGCAGCAGGUGGCCAGCAGCCUCACCCACCCGCGCUUCACCCUCACCCAGAGCGAGGCAGACGCUGACAUCCUGUUCAACUUCUCACACUUCAAGGACUACAGGAAACUCAGCCAGGAGAGGCCGGGUGUGCUGUUGAACCAGUUCCCCUGCGAAAACCUGCUGACUGUCAAGGACUGCCUGGCCUCCAUAGCGCGCCGGGCCGGCGGCCCCGAGGGCCCACCCUGGCUGCCCCGAACCUUCAACCUGCGCACCGAGCUGCCCCAGUUUGUCAGCUACUUCCAGCAGCGGGAAAGGUGGGGCGAGGACAACCACUGGAUCUGCAAGCCCUGGAAUCUGGCUCGCAGCCUGGACACCCACGUCACCAAGAGCCUGCACAGCAUCAUCCGGCACCGAGAGAGCACCCCAAAGGUUGUGUCCAAGUACAUUGAAAGUCCUGUAUUGUUCCUUCGAGAAGACGUGGGAAAGGUGAAGUUUGACAUCCGCUACGUCGUGCUGCUGCGGUCCGUGAAGCCCCUGCGGUUGUUCGUGUACGAUGUGUUCUGGCUGCGCUUCUCCAACCGGGCUUUCGCACUCAAUGACCUAGAUGACUAUGAGAAGCACUUCACAGUCAUGAACUACGACCCGGACGUGGUGCUGAAGCAGGUGCACUGUGAAGAGUUCAUCCCCGAGUUUGAGAAGCAAUACCCAGAAUUUCCCUGGACGGACGUCCAGGCUGAGAUCUUCCGGGCCUUCACGGAGCUGUUUCAGGUGGCCUGUGCCAAGCCGCCGCCCCUGGGCCUCUGCGACUACCCCUCAUCCCGGGCCAUGUAUGCUGUCGACCUCAUGCUGAAGUGGGACAACGGCCCAGAUGGAAAGCGGGUGAUGCAGCCGCAGAUCCUGGAGGUGAACUUCAACCCCGACUGUGAGCGAGCCUGCAGGUACCACCCCACCUUCUUCAACGACGUCUUCAGCACCUUGUUUCUGGACCAGCCCGGCGGCUGCCACGUUACCUGCCUUGUCUAGGCACUCGCUGUCCCCAAAACCUGUGCUUGGGGCAGGAUUCCAACCUCAGUUCUCUGAGCUGCUUCUGCAAAGGCCCCCAUGCCCCUCCCCACACCAGCUCUGGGCAUAGCCUCAGCCCCAGGCCUCUGUCCUCCCGAGCCAUCCUCCCGGCCUCACACUCCGGGAGCACAGCGUCCUCCUCCCACCUGUGGGUCAGAGCAGGACAGUGAUGGUGUCCCCCGGGCUGAGCACUGCCCCAGGCCCUGCCCUCACCCCUCACCACCAUCCGUGCACUGAUGAGUCUCCAGUUUAGCCAAGGGCUUCGUUCCUGGCAUGGAGAAUUUGUUCCUGGCUGCUGUGUUUCCAGGAGGUGCUGGGGGAAGGGUUCCGUGGAGUGAGACAAGGUGUCCUCGGGAGCAGGGUUCCACCGGGAAGCGUCUGGGAGCCCUGUGUCACACAGUGCAGGCCGGUUUCUCUUCCGGGGUCUCUGCUCUUAUGCAUCAGGAUGACCUCGGAAUGGGUGUGGGGCCCCACACUGCACCCACAGGGCUCUACGCGACGGGGGCCCAGGAGCAGCCUGAGGCUACCACCAGGCAAGCCUGCCUUAUCACCCAUUCCAGCUCACCCAGGACCUUCACCAGCAAACCUCCUGCUGAGGUCCUGGCAGGAGGCCACUGUUAACUUUUCCGUUUGCUGAGGGUCACAGACCCCGACAGGGAAGUCGGUAUCUGUC